AUGAACAGGCGUUUGGAUUGUAUAGUAUGUUUAAUAGGAGCAAAGGGUGUUGGUAAAACGACAACCAAACUUCAAUUUGAAAAACAAAUCUUUAAAGAGAAUUAUGUCCCCAAUCCAAUGGAAGACUCGUAUAUUGUUUUAAAACAAGUUGAUGGAAUAGAAGUCUAUUUUAUAUUAAUGGAUGAGUCCACCGAAUAUAAAGAAUUGACUAAAAUGAUAUAUAAAAAUUGCGACUGCUUUGUAUUUAUAUAUUCUAUACUAUCUAUAGACUCUUUUAAUGAAUUAGAAAGUUUUAAAGAAUACGUUCUUAAUAUUAAAAAUAACGAGAAAAUAGUAAUGGUCUUAUGUGAGUCGAAAUGUGACUUAGAGCCUCAAAGAGUUGUAUCACAAGCAGAUGGUGAAAGACUUGCUUUAAAUUGGAAUGUGCCGUUUUACUCGUGUUCAGCAAGAACACGAAUUAACAUCGAUGAGAUGUUUAUCGAUGUUGCAAAACAAUACAUUAAAUUGCAGAGAGAGAAAAAGGAACUUCAAACAAUAGCAGCAAAGAAAAAGAAAGGGUGUGUUUUAGUAUAA